CUCUCUCUCUCUCUCUCUCUCUCUCUCUAGGGAGUGGGGGGGAGUCAGCGGAACGUGGGGUGUUAAAGCGGGUGUCCACAAUAGUGGACAUGGAAUUUUCUUAAUGAAGGCGCGGCCAGAUUUGAUUAGUUUGUCGUCAAGUACAGUAAACUUGUCGUUUUCUUUCCUACAAUGCCAACAAACACUCUCUCUCUCUUACAUCAUUAGUGGUCAGUUAACGUUUUGUGCUAACUUUGACAGGAUCUCUGCCAGACACCGCAGCUCACCAGUCACCUCCACCACAAGUGUGGACCCCGCUACAGAGACCACCACCACUCAUAAGCUUGAUCUAACAGGUUGGGGGGUGAGACAAGAACGAAGCAACGUCAGCAGUAGCUGGAACAGUAUUAAUCCAGACACCACGCUCGCUACAUCUCUCCAGCCACCACGCCACCACCGACCCCUCGAGUGUACGCAGCCCAGUGUCCGUCUGUGUCUUGUCGUGGGCGUGACGUUCAGCAGCGGCAGGAACAGCAACGGGAAGCUUGAUCUGCGUGGGUUUUCGUGCGGCGGGGUGACGUGCCGCUGCUGUGAGGUUAUCGGACCACACCACAGCACAGCACAGCACAGCACAGAGGAGGAGAGAAUAGGUACCAGAAUCGGCGAAAAGAAUGAGUGGACAAGAUUUCCUAACGUAACGAGGCUGGUGUUUCAAGGCGUUGACGAUCCAAAGGCCUGACUCCACAGCGGUAAUGAGCCUCGUCUACCUUGCACUUAACGGACAAUGCUCACUACCAACACCUCUGCCUCCCCACCGCCACUGCCGCC